AUGGCGCCUUCGGUCGUUCCGCAAUCGCCGGCGGGCGGUGCCGCUCUGCAGGCUUCCGCCGAUGACCAGCUUACCAUCGAGAUGCUUGGCGCUGGUCAAGAGGUAGGUCGCUCCUGCUGCGUCCUCAAAUACAAGGGCAAAACCAUCGUAUGCGACACAGGUGUGCACCCUGCAUUCACCGGUAUCGCCGCGCUGCCCUUCAUCGACGAGCUUGAUUGGUCCACCGUCGAUGCCAUCCUCAUCACCCACUUCCACCUCGACCACGCCGCUGCGCUUACCUACAUCAUGGAAAAGACUAACUUCCGCGAUGGUCACGGCAAAGUGUACAUGACCCACCCAACAAAAGCCGUCUACCGCUUUCUCAUGUCUGACUUUGUUCGCAUCAGCAACGCCGGCAACGACGACAACUUGUUCGACGAAAACGAAAUGCUCGCCUCGUGGCGCCAGAUCGAAGCCGUCGAUUUCCACCAGGAUGUGUCCAUCGCAGGCGGUCUGCGCUUCACUUCCUACCACGCCGGCCACGUGCUGGGUGCAUGCAUGUUUCUCAUCGAGAUCGCUGGCUUGCGCAUCCUCUACACGGGAGACUUCAGUCGCGAAGAGGACCGACAUCUAGUGCAAGCCGAGAUCCCACCUGUCAAGCCCGACGUACUCAUCUGCGAAUCCACCUACGGCACACAGACCCACGAGCCUCGUCUCGACAAGGAGCAUCGCUUCACUUCCCAGAUCCACCACAUCAUCAAACGAGGCGGCCGAGUCCUCUUACCCGUCUUUGUGCUAGGCAGAGCCCAAGAAUUGCUGCUGUUACUGGACGAGUACUGGGCGGCUCACCCGGAACUCCACAGCGUGCCCAUCUACUAUGCUUCGGCGCUCGCCAAAAAGUGUAUCUCUGUCUACCAGACUUAUAUUCACACCAUGAACGACCACAUUCGCACGCGCUUCAACCGCCGAGACAAUCCCUUUGUCUUCAAGCACAUCUCCAACUUGCGCUCGCUCGAAAAGUUCGAGGACCGUGGGCCUUGCGUCAUGAUGGCCUCGCCCGGCUUCAUGCAGUCCGGUGUAUCGCGCGAGCUGCUCGAGCGAUGGGCUCCCGACAAGCGCAACGGCCUGAUCGUCUCAGGUUACUCGGUCGAGGGGACCAUGGCGCGCAAUAUUCUCAACGAGCCCGACGAGAUCAUCGGCAUGAACGGUCAAAAGAUCCCACGCCGCAUGUCGGUCAACUACAUUUCCUUUUCGGCGCACGUCGACUUUGCGCAAAACUCGCGCUUCAUCGAUGAGAUCAAGGCGCAGCAUAUCGUGCUUGUGCAUGGAGAGCAAAACAACAUGUCCAAGCUGCGAGCUGCGCUGCAAGCGCGCUUCAACGCACGCGGUUCGGAUGUCAAGAUUCACACGCCGCGCAACUGUGAGCCGCUCGUGCUCCAGUUCCGCGCGCAACGCACUGCCAAGGCGAUCGGCACCAUUGCUGCCAAGCCGCCGGCGCAGGGCGAUGUGGUCGACGGUCUGCUCAUCAGCAAGGACUUUGCCUACACGAUUCUCGACCCAAAAGAUCUGACGGAUUUCACCGGCCUCACUACCAGCACCAUCAUCCAGCGUCAGCGUGUCGCGCUCGCGGUCAGCUGGGAGAUGGUACGCUGGCACCUGCAGGGCAUGUACGGUCGGCUUCAAGAGGGUGUGGAUGCAGAAGAGGGGUUGCGAACGCUGCGCAUCAUGGGCGCGGUGGAUGUGCGACAGAGCGCGCGCCACGAGUUGCUCGUCGAAUGGGUCAGCAGCAUUGCCAACGAUAUGGUGGCGGAUAGCAUCGUCGCGCUCUUGCUGGGUAUCGACAGCGCGCCUUCGAGCGUCAAGAUGACCAUGCACAGUCACAAACAUCACCAUCACGAUCACGACGCCAAAGCGGAAGGCUCGUCAGACGAAGAUGUGGAGGAAGAGGCGCUGACACCGGCCGAGACUGCAGAGAGUUGGCCGGCUCAUCCGUUUUCGGAAGCGGCGUUGCUGGCUGGCAGUGAAGCCAAAGCCAAUGCUCCGACGGAAACGGAAGAGGUUGUGCGCCGCGAUGCGUAUCAGCUGGCAAAGAUGGAGCACAUGGCUGCGUUCUUGGAAGCGCAUUUUGGGCAGGUGGAAGAGCUCGUCAUUCCCGAAGCAGCACCUAGCACCGAGGAGAUUGCAGAGGAGGCCGAGGCUGAAUCAGAAGCCAAAGACGUAAACUCUACUCGGGUUGAUGAGGAGGCGGAUAAUGCACAGCCAACGGACACCGAAGCAGACACAGACAUGGAAGCCAUCAUAUCGGACGCAGAAGCAAAAGAGGCCGUUGACGAUGUCCCUGCCGGCUCGACGGCAGCAGAACCUACGGUUGCCUCACCGCCCGUCUCCAUCGCCUCGCUGUUCGACGGCGCUCCGCGCCCCGCACUGCAGGUGUUCCUCGACGAAGCAGAGGCGGUGAUCGACGUCGAGAACCUCGUCAUCCUGGCCUCGUCCGAAUCGUUCCGCAAGCGCGUUCAGCAUCUGUGCACGCUCGCGCUGCGUUCCUUCACCUCGCUCUCCGAUGCGUUCCACCUUCCGCAGCAGAUCGGAACGUCGCUGUUCCAGGGCAAGCAUAGCCAGCUGGCGAGCAUUCCAGAGUUUGGCGACGAGAGGCCGGCAAAGAUGGUCCGUAUGUGA